AUGGCGGCAGGGGCUCCCUCGGCUGUUCCUGCCCGCAGCCCCCCUCGGUGGCUCGGAGGCCCUGCUGACGGCUCCGUGUACCUCCUCCUGCCCGUCCCUGCUGGAAGUGCCCUGGUGCUAACACCAGGUGAGCAUGUGGGGGGGGGGGUACGGACGGAGGGUUUGCUCGGAAACCGGGGCUAAAUCUGACCCAGGGACCUGCCCUAGAAUAGCAUUUUUAGCCAGGUCUAAAGUCUGGAUCUUGAAAUGUCUGCCUAUGUGUUAGAAAGUGGGAGAUGGACUCGUGUUUGUUUGUGUGCGUGCAAGGGAUAGAUGAAAUUGCAGCAGUAGGUUUCCUGAGUAACACUGCAAGCCUAACCCCAUUUACCCGAAAGUAAGCACCACUGAAUUCCAUAGGCCUUAAUUCUGGGUAGGCAUGGUUAGGAGACUACGUACUGCAAACCCCACGAAAACCCUUAACACUGUUUUUCUCUUCAUAUGGAUGCAGCCUACAUAUUUCUUAACCCAGGAGCUUCUUGGUUCUUGUGGUAGAUAUCACACUGUCUUCCUGUGCAUUUUUUCUUCCCAAGAUGUUUUUCAGAGGGUUUCCUCAUCUUGCAGCGCUUAACCCAGGGAUGGGGAAACUUGUGCCCCGCCAGAUGUUAUUGGACUCCGAUCAGCCCAGCCAACAUGGCCAAUGGUCAAGGAUAGUGGAUGUUGUGGUCCAGUAGCAUCUGGCGGGCCAAAAGCUUCUCCAUUCCUGCCUUAUUCUGCCUCACACUACCUAAGAGUCAGAGAAGAGUCUGUGCACAAACAGAACCAUGGUGGAGAGUGGGUGCAAAAUUGUGCCCGGGUUGACACCUGCCCCCCCCCCCCAUCUGGCCACUGAAUGUGUGUGGAUUAGGUUCUGUUUCAAAACCAAGUGCUUAAUUUGGUGAUCAAGCCUCUUUUCUGUCUGCAGCAGAUGGAGCAAAUUCUGCCUGGAUUCUGUCUCUCCCUGUAGAGAGCAAGAACAAAGUGGAUAACCCACAGGAAGAUGGUGCACAGCCACGUCCCAUUUCCUCAAGUAGCUCCAGCGGGAGUGGAAAUAAGGGACUACAGAAAGGAGGCUCUGCGAAAGACCAGCCGACUUUUUGUAAAGGGGACUUGAAGGACCCUAUGUGGGCCUUGUGUGGCAAAACAAAAUCCUACAAAUGCCCCGACUGCGGGAAAAAUUACCGCAGGAGCACAGACCUCUUGAGGCACCAGAGGACCCACACGGGAGAAAGGCCUUAUCUGUGCCUGGACUGUGGGAAGAGCUUCAGUCGGAGUUCAAUCCUCCUGGAGCACCAGAGAAUCCAUACAGGUGAGAAGCCAUACAAAUGCAGCCACUGUGGGCAAGGAUUUAGCCAGAGCUCCAACUGUAAGCAGCAUGAGAGGACUCAUGGGAAGGAGAAAAGGAGCGACCCAAUACACUGGGGAUCAACUUGGCAAAGGACAGAGAUUCAGAGGCGUGGGCCUAAACGCCUGAAAAGAAUUGAUGAAGCGGCAAGAGCUGAGCUUGGACUUGGAUCUCAGUCUCCAGGGGGAAGUUCCUCAUGGAGCUCAAAGAUGGUGAUGAAGUAUCAGAAAAGCCAUAGGAUGGAGAAGCCCUACAGGUGCCCUGAGUGCGGGAAAUGCUUUGCACGCAGCACGGAUUUCAUCCGGCACCACAUUACCCACACAGGAGAAAAGCCCUACACAUGUGUGAAAUGUGGCAAGAGUUUUACGCGCAGCUCGGUCCUCAUUGAGCACCAGCGAAUCCACACGGGAGAGAGGCCCUACAAGUGUCGGCUGUGCGGAAAGGGCUUCAGUCAGAACUCUAACCGUAACCAGCACGAGACAAUCCAUCAGGCUAAGAAAUCUCCUGACACUUCCUGA